GACAAUUUUGUUGUUUCUUUUUUAUUUAUUUAUUCAUUUGAAUUAUGGCAAGAGUAACGCGUGGUGUUUCGCUUGAAGAGUGGGAAGAAAAGACAAAACUAACAGAAAAAGAAAAUCAAAGUGUCUAUGACUUACAAGACGCUUGCUCGGAACUACCACUUCCUUCCAACUGGGUAUGUCUUUUAUCAAAGACAAACACAAUACUUAUAAAGUAGUACUUUGGAGAUAAACUCUUAGCUUCACCUGUCCUGAGUCAUACGUUAAGUUCAGGAGGUCUAACACCAGAUCAACCGGCAUCGAGUCCUCUUAAUCCUCAUGUAUUGGCAUCGCGGCUCUUGGGUGCUUCACUCACUCGAACACUUUCAACAGCAGACUUAUUAGCCGAAGCUUCAGCAGCAGACUCAGCAGCAGAAAAGCAUGUAGCCAACGAAAUCGGAAGCGAGAAACCUAUCGAGACGUUGCAGGAAUUCUUUGAUUGGUUUGCUCGAGUGGAAUCCGAAAUGGAAAAGGGACAAGAAGAUGUCUACCGAAACCAUGUAUUGAUUGUUGAAAUGUAUCAAAAGGCUUGCGAUGAUUUUUUGACUGAUUUAGAGGCAACACGACAAUUGUUUCAUGAGUCAGAGAAGGAUUAUGCAUUUGUAGACAGUCGUACUCGCUCUGUUCAGACUGCUUGCGAGACAUUGUUAGAGGAACAAGAUCGUUUGACUCAACUUGCAGAUGGAUUAGCAAGUCGAUUGGCUUAUUUUAAUCAAUUGGAACCCAUUGCCAAACUGUUUAAUUCUCCAGGAGAUGAUAUCUGUCUAAAUUCUGAAUUUAUACCUAUGCUUGGGAAACUAGAUGAAUGUAUAGAGUACAUGCAACAACAUCGUGAUUACCGAGAUUCUGAACUCUAUCUUAUGCGUUUUCGUCAAUGUAUGACUCGAGGCAUUACACUCAUUAAGAUGUAUGUAGUCUCUACCAUUAAGACAUUGGGAUACGAUGCAUACAAACAAGUCAAUGCAAAAGAAACAACUAUUGGUAAACAACUGACCAUGUACUAUGUCAAGUUCAAAACCAUGGCAUCGACAAUUAAAUCAUUAACAACCCAAGUCGAUAAAAGACAUGAGCAUAAAGAAUAUCAAUCAUUGUAUGAAGACAUGCUAUACGCUUAUUUCCAGACAAGACAACAAUUGCUUAGUCCUUUGAUCUCGAAAAAGAUACAACAACUGAAUCCUAAUGACAAGGACUUGUUGGGAUUUGCUAAAAAUGGCUGUGCUUUUAUGAUGAGUCUUUGUUCUGAUGAAUUCAAUUUGUUUUAUAAUUUCUUUCAUUUGUCUGGAGAGCAAGAGCUAUAUCAUUAUCUAGAUUUGCUUACAAGUCAUCUCUAUGAUUAUCUUCGGCCACGUAUUAUUCAUGAAAACGAUAUUGGUACACUUUCAGAACUAUGCAAUGUAUUUCUGAUGUAUGUCAUGCAAGAUGAAAAUGACUUUGUGGUGGGCAUCAUAGACGAUAGAAAUGAAGUUAAAUUUGGCCAUUUGAUUCAAAACAUUUUAGAAGAUACUCAAGCCAGACUUGUCUUCCGUGCCCAGAUGUUUAUACAGAGUGAUAUUCAAAACUAUCAAACAAAACCUCAAGAUUUCGAAAUAGUACGUUCUAAGCCUAAAACAGAAGAAGACAAGAAGACUUCUGUUGUCUUGGAUCCAAAUGUCUCCACAACUGCUACACUUGCUGUUACGAGUGAAGAUGCCUCUGAUACACAAUCCAUCCAAUCCAAUCGAUCCAACCUUCUAAGCGAAGGCAACGAUAGUUCGAGUGGUUGGUUUCCAACAUUACAAAAGACACUUUGGCUUCUUUCAAAACUGUAUCGCUCUGUUCAGACGAGUGUAUUUGAGGAUUUAGCACAAGAAGCCGUUUCUUUAUGCAAUGAUUCACUGUUGAAAGCAAGUGAGACUGUACUUACACUCAAGUCUCGUCUGGAUAGCGAACUAUUCUUGAUUAAAAACUUGUUAGUAUUGAAAGAACAACUCGCUCCUUUUGAAGCCAAUUUGGUUCAUGCAGGCAAAACUUUGGACUUUUCUCAUGUCACAGAUUCUUUAUCGUCUUUCCAGCAACAGAAAUCACUGUUGUUCAAUCCAAAUGCACUGAUUGGUUUAGCACAACGUGGUAUGCCUCGCGUGGUAGAAGUGAGUUUAGAUUCUCGAAGAGAAAUAGACUUUCAAAUCAAGAAUGUGUGUGAAAAAUUCAUCAACAAUUGUGUCGACAGUUCAGUGGAACCUCUGACUGCAUUUCUUAUCAAACUUUCAACUAUCUUGCCUCCAGAAAUAUCACUACAAUCCUCUGAGGGUGGUGAUUUUUCCAUACAAAGACUGGGUCAAGACAAUGUACAUGAAGCUGUUGAUCAGUUUAUGGAAGCUGUAGAAGAACGAAUUAGGUUUGUUACACGAAAACUGAAAGAAUAUGUAAAUGAUGCCAAAAUGGAACAAAUCCUGAUGAAACCAAUAGAGACAAGCAUUAUUGAACAAUACAAAUCUUUCUUGACGCGGGUUGAAAUCGAGUCCAAAGAAGGAGGAAGAAUUGAUAAACUAGAACGACAGCCCAUGUCUGUGGAGUCAGUAGCAGUUUCAAUUUCACAGUUAAAAUAUCAGUGAUUAAAUGAUAGACAUUUGUUGUUUUGUUUGAGGAAUGCGGCAUAUGGUGCUAAAAUACCAAGUUUUAAGUGUUAUAAUCUGUACUAACACAUCUUUUCUCCCCUUUUUGUAAACCCAAAUAUACUUUUUUUUUUUUUU